AUGGCAUCGACCUCAAUGUCGUCUCGUGGGUGUGGUUCAUGGACAGCCAAGCAAAACAAAGACUUCGAAAGGGCUUUGGCUGUUUAUGACAAGAACACCCCCGACCGCUGGUACAACGUUGCCAAGGCUGUCGGAGGGAAAACUGCCGACGAAGUUAAGAGGCACUACGAGCUGCUCGUGGCGGAUGUAGAGUACAUAGAGUCCGGCCAAGUUCCCUUCCCCUAUAGGUCCUCUGCAAAUUAGCCCCAAGUUAGAUCUUCCUACAUUGGACCUUACACUAUCUC